AUGAAUACGGAUCAUAUUAAUUACCAACAACAAUUACAACAAUCUGUUAAUGAUGAACAAGAAUAUCAACAAGCGCCAAAAAAUUCAAAACCUGUUGAACAAAAUUCGGAUAUUAAAAAUGAAGCCAUUUUUAAUGGAAAUCAUACGAUUAUUUCCUCAAAAGACGAUAUGAGAAAUGAUGAAACUGAUACAUUGACAUACCAAUCUAGACGAGAACGAACAACAACAUUAAUUGUCAUUGGUUGUAUAUCACUUUUAACCGGUAUCGAUUAUGCAAUAAUUUUGCCUACGGCAUGGGGCUACAUUAAACAAUAUAUGCAGUUUCAUUAUGGUGGCGUUGUUAUGGGAUUAUUAUUAUCCGUAUUCGCCUUGUCGGGUGCAAUUGCUGGUAUUAUAUUAGGAUAUUUAACUGAUAAAGGUUAUCGUCUUAAACGUUUGGUUAUUAUUUCGCUUUUAUUUAAAAUUGUUGGAAAUAUUUUAUAUUUUCUCGGUAUUAAUAUUUAUUUUAUUAUUCUUUCUCGACUAAUUGCUGGUAUUGGCAUGGGUGUAGUACCCCCCCUUUUAGCUGAAUUAUCUCGUCGCUCUACACCUAAAACUCGAACACAGCUAUUAUCAAAAAUAUUAGCAUGUCGUCAAAUUGGUCUUUUGUUUGGACCAUGUUUUACAAUUAUAUUGAAACAGAUGAACUUUAAAAUAGGAGCAAAACAGGUGACAAUGUACAAUUCACCCGGUCUAAUCAUGGCAAUAUUGUGGUUUAUAUUAGAAUUUAUUACAAUAUUCUUCUUCUUUGAUCUACCUAGAGCCACGACUAGUGAGUUUGGCGAUGGUACAGUUAAUAGUACGGUAGCGGCCAAUCAUAAUGAUUCAACAACAGUUUCAAGUAUGCUACGGAAGUGUUAUGAUAUAUGUAAAAAGCCAGCAAUUCUCGUAUUACUUGUCGCUAGUUUCGUGACGUAUUUCAAUCAAACUGCUCUCGAAACAACACUUACACCGUUCACUUCUUAUCAAUUUAAUUGGAAAGAACUACAAGUGUCAAUAUUAUUUGCCGUCGCUGGAAUCGAAAUAACAGUAGUUUACAUUAUUUUACAUUAUGCAUCAAAAAGAUGUGCUGAUCGUACAAUUCUGCUAUUUGGUUUUGUUGUAUUAGGUAUCGCGUGUACGAUUGCUGUUAUUAUUCUUCCGUUUACUGAGCGUGGUUCAACAAAACUCUUGCCCGUAUUUCUCCUAUUCGUGGCUCUUGAUAUAUUAGCUUUGCCUCUGCUUGCUGUAACAUCAACAUCAAUAUUUACACAAUUAAUUCGUAAUGAAAAUCAAGGUUUAGGGCAAGGGUUACAACGAUUCAUAAUUAAUACUGCGACAGUGAUCGGUCCAUUAUAUGCUGGAAGUUUAUUAGUUUUAAAAACACCAUUAACGAUGCUUUGUAUAAUGCUAGCCAUUGUUGUGUUUGCCACAUUGUUAAUUAUCGCUGUUUACAACAAAUUUAAACCACAACAUAAUCAAGAAGAAGCAUCGGCACUUAUUAGACAAUCGCCUUGA